CCUAUAAGAAGAGACCGCAGACAUCUCCCGAUCAGAACAAGCUCUUCCUCGAGAGCAGCUCCUCACAUUUCUUGCUUACUUCGAGAGUAACGUUUCCGCUUCAGUGAUGAGUCUUCUUGGAAGUCCCACUCGGACCUUGGUCGUCCUCCUUCCACUCCUCGCCGCCUGCGCCUCCUCCUCGAACUCGUCGUCCUCCUCCUGGGCCUGGCUGUCCAUCCCUUCGCCUCUGACGUCCCUGUCGGCCCUCUGGGCUCCCUCCGCCCCCCGUCCGCCCCAAGGCUGUCAGCUGCGUCUUCGAGACAACAUUCUCCGCCGAACUCAGCUCCUUCUAACUCUCCUCGAGGACUACGUCGACUUUUACGCGCAGGAGAAGUUCGGCAACAGCUGGGCUGUGAUGGACGCCAUUUUCAGUCGGGAAGUGGACGCACAGUUGGUGCUUGUGUGCGACCAAGAGCUCGAGUGCGACCAGGUCCUCCCUCGCCUGCCCUCGCUCCCCUCGACCUCCCCCCAGCCCGAGGAGCUCCUCCAACAACUGCUCACUCUCAGCCGUCGCUACGCCCUCGCCCUCGAGCUGGUGUUCCUCGACCAGUCUCUCCACGAGGACGACUUGGUCCUCCUGGAGAGGACGGACCAGAUCUACAGACACGUCCAGGGCCUAGUGGACGUGAUCGUGGCCCAAGUGGAGCAGUGCCGAGUGGACGCAGACGACGCCGUGGUCGCGAGACUGGCGGGGAAGCUGUACAAGGGCGCCUCCUCCGACGGGAGGAACCAGCGCGGCUUCCGCACCUUGAGGCAGUGUCUGUUUGGGCUUCGCUACAUCAGGAGCCUCCUGUAAUCGAGGUUCCUCGCGCCCUAUUUAUUGUCAUCCUCUCAUUAUCCAUUAUCUUAUAUAUUUAU